CACUUUACUUGUUUAUUUAUUUCACGGCAGGAUCCAACCUCGGAAUCAAACUUUCUUGAAAAUCCUUUUUCUCAAUUCGAUCAAAAUUGAAGCGCUGAAUCAAUCAAUCAUCAAUGGCUUUGGAAUGGGUGGUGCUAGGCUACGCCGCUGGAGCAGAGGCCAUCACGCUCCUCCUCCUGACUCUCCCGGGUCUGAACCCGCUCCGUAAGGGAUUGAUCACCGUAACCCGCAACCUCUUAAAGCCAUUCCUCUCCAUCGUACCCUUCUGCCUGUUCCUGUUAAUGGAUAUUUACUGGAAGUACGAGACCCGACCCACCUGUGAAUCCGAAUCCUGCUCCCCUUCUGAACACCUUCGUCACCAGAAAUCCAUCAUGAAGUCCCAGCGGAAUGCCCUUCUCAUUGCCUGCGCUCUCAUUUUCUACUGGCUUCUAUAUGCGGUUACCGGGCUUGUUGUCAAGAUCGACCUGUUGAAUAAGCGUGUCGAGAAGUUGAAGGCCCAGGAUUGAUUUGGUCUUGUGGGCUGGACGUCGGAUCUCAGAUAAGCACGUAUGGGGGGGGG